AUGGAUUGGAUCGCUGAUACCGAAAUGGAGGAUGAUGAUAGUGAUACUGAUGAUGAAAAUGAGUUAAAGCGGCUUGAUGCGGCUCUGGAGGAAGCUGAUAUUGCAAUUUCUGACACGGGUUUACCUAAAUCAUCGAAAUGGGUAUAUUCCACCAAUGCUACUCAUUACAUGGCUUCACCCAACGCAAGCUCUCAUUCGUACCCUGAGGUCUUAAUAGACUCAGUACCAUCACUUGUCACUGCUACCAAUUCAGUUGAAACACCAGGUCACUGUUACUCAAAUUCUAAGUCACAGGCCACAUCAUUACCUCAGACCGCGGCUCCGGCGCUCACCAACCCACAAUUACAAGAAUUAUCUAGGUUGAAUACCUUAUUAGCACUUAAUAAAUUAUAUGAUGAAAAAUUACGACACUUAGAAAAGAUUUUGAGUUUGCGUUUAAAAAAUUGUCGUACUAAACUUGAUGAGAUACAGAACAGCAGUGCCCUUCCGGAAAAAGUUGAAGUCUUCCGUUACAUUAAUUGUGGAAGGCCUUACUUCAGAGACCACCUGAAUCGUUCAGCUCCAGACAAUGAAGAUGCUAUAAUGGCCAAAGCUCAAAUGUAUGACUUCUCUUUACUAACUUCAGUGCCAGGAUGGACAGUCAGGGAUAAAAACCAUUUUACCAAUGUGAUGACACAAACAUCACUUGAAAUUAGGAAAGAGGAAUAUAAUAAAAAAAUCAACAUGUUAAAAAAAUCUAUAGCAGGUAAAAGAAAUAAAAUGAUUGAAAAGGAAAUCAGUAAGCUGAGAAACGAACGUGAUAGUUUAAAUGUUAAAUUACCUUUUAUACAAUUAGCUCUCCCGUUAGAUCAGGAAUAUGACUGGGACUUGCUGGCAAAUAGGUUAAACAAGAGACACACACCACAUGAGUAUCGCUGCCUAUGGAAAUUAUAUUUUCAUCCUUCAAUAAACAAAACCAGUUGGAAAAAUUCUGAACAUAGCACUCUGCAGACGCUUGCUUCUGAUCACCACAAUCAAGAUUGGGAUGAAAUUGCUAGAAAACUCGAUACAGGUAGAACUGGUUAUCAAUGUUUUGUGUAUUUUCGUACAAACAUGACUAACACUUGCAUUGGAAAGAAAUGGACCUAUGAAGAAGUCACGUACCUGAGAAGACUGAUAGAUUAUUUUAGAGAAGAUGUUUAUAUUCCUUGGGGUAAAAUUGCUGCAGCAAUGGAAAAUAGAACUAAAAUUCAAAUCUACAAUAAAUAUUUGCGGAUCAUUGAACAAAGAAAAGGAAGAUUUCUACCUGAGGAAGAUGCUGUUAUACUUAAUUGUGCAGAAAGAUUUGGACCUAACUUUAAGAAAAUGACUGAAUACCUCGCACAUAGGUCUUUGGUCCAAAUACGCUCUAGGUUCCAAGUAUUGAGUAAAAUGCGGGUUUCUACUGUAUGGUCAGUAGAAGAUGACAGAAAACUCAUACAAAUUAUGAGUAAUCAAGAUUCAAACAUGACUUUUUCAGAAGCAACUAAAUUUUUCCCAGGUAGGAAUCGAGUAAAUAUAAGGUCCAGAUAUAUAACUUUAAUAAAAUGGAUGAAACGGAAUCCUAAUACAGAUAUAGAACUUGCACCGAGACGGGGUGCACGACGUCUUAACCAUGGGCAGGCAACUCAUGACUUGAAUAAAGCUAUUGAAAAUUUAAAAAAUAUUUUAAAUACAGAAGUUGCAAUUAAAAAGGACCGUAGGAAAAUCACACGAGAAUCAGAUGAGGCUGAUAUAGAAGAUGCUAUAGUUGCAGCUCUAGUUAAUGAAGGUGUUAAAGAGCAGGAAAGCAGAAAAUCUGCUUAUGAUGGUGUCCUAGUGCUGCCUAAUGACACAGUUGUGACAAAUGAAGAAUUAAAUUUAACUAACUUACAUAAAUUUCUUAUGUUCUUAGGUUCAAAGUUAAAUAGAGGCUUAUAUAGGAAUUCAAAUUAUAAAGAAGUAUACCCUCAGUUGGGUGAGUGUGAUAAAGAUGUUAGUUUAAUUAAAGUCAAAUCUUAUUCUAGAAAAAACACAGUUAAAACUAUUAAGAUAGAAAAUAUGCCAGAUGUAUGGGGAAAUAAUGUUUUAACUUCACGAAAUUAUGUUUUACCACCCCACUAUGCAACUAUAACGGGAUGUAAAGCACUGAUGUCACAUGUAACUUUAUAUGCCGCAUAUUGUAAUUGUAUAAAUAUGCAUAUCCUCACGAGAAGGAAUUCUGUAUUGAAAGACCUGAUGGAUAAACUGUUGGAACGCUUUUAUAUACUGUUCCUAUGGCCAAUGCUUCUUUCAAAUGAAGGGCCUCAGGAUUUUAAUAAUACAAAGUUACAAGGAGAACCUUCAUUCAUCAGUUACUCAUCACAGCCACAAACAGUACUACCACAAAUUAAAUUACCACAAGCUCCUGAAGUGACAAUAAAGUUUAACAGUUUGAAAAAGUUCAAAAAUGCUGAUGUGUCUGAAGUAAUAGAUUUAUCUGAAAAUGAAAGCUCUGAAAGUACUACAGUUCCACAAAUUUUCAGUGAUGAGAAUGAUGUCCCUAACAAUGUCCAGAUUUAUAUGGACUAA